GGCAGGGGCCGGGCCGGGCGGGUGCAGGCGGCGGCGUUCGGGGCCGCGGUGGGAGCAGCGCGAUGCCGUUCGUGGAGCUGGAGACCAACCUGCCGGCCGAGCGGCUGCCGCCGGGGCUGGCCCAGACUCUGUGCGCUGCCACCGCCGACAUCCUGGGCAAACCGGCCGAGCGGGUGAACGUGACGGUGCGGAGCGGGCUGCCCAUGGUGCUGUCGGGCUCGGCCGAGCCCUGCGCGCAGCUGGUCGUCUCCUCCAUCGGCGUGGUGGGCACGGCGGAGCAGAACCAGCGGCACAGCGCCCGCUUCUUCGACGUCCUGACGGCGCAGCUGGGCCUCGGCACCGAGCGGAUUGUCAUCCGCUUUUACCCACUGGAGCCCUGGCAGAUCGGCAAGAACAAGACAGUCAUGACAUUCCUGUGAUCCCCUGAGCAGCUGGUUGGAACAAAGCAAUGGUGAAGACAACCCAGACAUGACCAGCUCCAUCUGUCUACCUGUUCCCUCUUGUGAUCAAAUCUGCGUAACUCUACAUCUUCACCUGAAUGAGUCACUUUUGUCUUUGCGUCCCGUGCACACAAAGCUGAAGAGUGGGGCAAUCACCUGUACUGAUGUUACUGAGACAGUUCAAGGUCAGUGUCUCCAGCCUGUCACGUAGCACAAAGGCUCUCAUGGUGCCUGAGCCCAGCUGAGCCCUUGCCCUCUGGUGAUGGCCUUGCAUGUGCCUACACAAAGCUGUCUUGUAGCAGUAAAAGUUUAAUUCCAGAACAUUUGGCCUUACUGAGGACCAGAGUGGUUCUGAGGUUUAUCCAGAUUUUCUCAUACUUUGCAAGGCAGAAAAAUCCUUCUUUCUCUGUGGCAGCAGAAGGGUCCUAGGCUGGACAAGAUGACCUAGAAGUGAAAUUUUUCUCUUUUUCAGGCUUCCCUGAAAGCCUUUUCUGGAAAGAGAGGUGAUUAUGAGAAGUUUAGACAUUGAAGUCUCAUGUCAGACCUUGUGCUCUGUCCUCUGUCAUUGCCACCCCCAGUGGCUGCUCCUACAAAAUAUUAUUUGUCCAUAAGAUUCUCAGGGCUGAAUGUCUGUGUGCUGAUGGCAAUGUCUAGAGGAGGGAGUCGCUUCUGAAGUCCUGCACUGUGCCACAGGAAAAUAUUUUGAAAGUCCUGCUCCUGCCAGUUUAAUUUCUGUUAUUUACUCAGUUCAAAGUACUUUUCCUCACCCCACUGUGACGGGGAGUUUGGGGAUGACACAGCAUCUCACUGUGAUCUGUGGCUGGUGUUUCCAGUGGAGAAGUAUUUUGGGCUCUUAGGACCCAUAUGCUCCCUCACUUUAUAACUGGAAUUCAUGUGGUAUUUUAUUAAAACAAAAGCAGGGUACUUUUUAUGUGUGGUGUUAUCUCUGCCUUCCACUGAUACUGAAAACAUUUUUUGGUUUCCUUUCCACUUUGUGACUUGGUCAGGUUGAGGUCAGGGAGCUCAGCAGAGCUGAGAGCAUGUCCUUUGGGACAUGGGGGUCCACAGGAAUGCAAGGCAGAAGAGGGCUUCUGUGGUCCUUUGUCAUUCUGAUUGGAGUUUAUGACUCAAGACAGUUGAAAAUAUUCCUUCUAAUUACAAUUUGAAGUUGGUUGUUGGUUGUUCCCUAUGCAGCAGAAAUAACUUCUAUGUUUGCCAAAUCUGUCAGGAAUAUAAUACCAAACACAAAUUUGUGUAUCAGGCUGGGGGUCUACACCUUAUCUGGUUAAUAAACUGUAGCAAAGCCUCUUU